AUGGCAAGCGAUGCAGCAAUAGAAGUUCCGGCGGCGUUGGAUGAAGCAGAGGAGGUGGCAGAGAAGCAGCCGCACAAACUGGAGAGGAAGUGGACGUUCUGGUAUGACAACCAAUCGAAACCGAAACAGGGCGCCGCCUGGGGCAGCUCUCUUCGCAAUGUCUACACUUUCGACACCGUAGAAGAAUUCUGGUGGUUCCUCGAAAACCUAGAUAUGGAGGUCAAGGCUCCAUCGAACGAGCCUGUUUCUUCUUCUAAUUUUCUUACUAAAUGCGAGAAUGUAUCAAACGGACCUGAUUACGAUCCUCUUGUUCCAUCAAUCACUACCAGACUUGAACCAAUCACUCCCGAGGAAUUGCUGGGUCAUCUCCUUGCUCAUGAAGCACGACUCCAGCAUCACUCUCAUACAAGCCUUCUCUCCAACGAGGUUUCAGCCAACUAUACUGCCAAACAACACUUUGCACAACGUGGUAGUCGAGGUCUAAACCGUGGUGGACGUUACCAAUACAGAGGUCGUGGUGGUCGCGGUAAUCGUAGUGCCCGUGGUCCAUCGCUAGGUAACAAUGAAACUGGCUCCACCACUCGCAUUGUUUGCCAGCAAUCAUCAUCCUCACAACCCCCUAGACAAUCAAAUUUACCUUCCAUUUUAGGCCCUCCUCCCACUCCUCUAAAUCCAUCACCUUUAUCUUCUCCUGCUCAAUCAUCAUCAACGCAGUCCUCUUCCAUGCAUGUUACUCAGCCACCUGCACUCUCAAUGGUAACAAGGUCUCGAACAGGUUCUACUCGACCACGGCAAUUCACGGAUGGUACCAUAAGGUGGCCUCCACCAAAAGCCUUUUUCUGUGACAAGUCUGAUGUUCCCGAAAGUUCGCAAGCAACUUGGAAUUGGCGAUUCUAUACGUCCUGGCCAGGGUCAGAGAUGGUUUCCUGUCGAAGGAAGCCAUUAUAUGCUGUUUUAAAGGAAUUUUGUUCGAGUAUUGUGGCAGGAUGCAAGUGGAAGCAGAGGACAAAAUGUAGUGAAGAAAUUCUAGCUGUUACUUUCUGUCGCCACUGGAGCCAUAAAGGACUAUCUAAAUUGAUUCUUAAGAAUGGAAGCGAUUCUGGAACCUAUGACACGGGAGGAAGGUUUGCAAGCAAAAUGGAAAGGGUGAUUCUAUACGUCCUGGCCAGGGACAGAGAUGGUUUCCUGUCGAAGGAAGCCAUUAGACGCUGUUUUGAAGGAAUUUUGUUCGAGUAUUAUGCCAGGAUGCAAGUGGAAGCAGAGGACAAGAUGAAAUGA